AUGCUGAAGGAAACACUUGAGAAACUCCAAACAAAUGAGGAGAAGGAGAGACUGGUGCUUGGUGUCGUAGAGGAGGAGAUCGCCAAAGGAGACUACGACAGAAUACUGGAGAUGCUGACCAGUCUCCAGGACGACUGGAGUGGCCUAAGCACGGCCAGGUUGACCAAAAUAUUCAAACAGAUAUUUGGUACCAUUUCCAUUGGAACUGACAACUACGAGGGCGUAAUUCGCCUUCUAAAUGGCCUAAUUGACUGGAGUGGCGAUAGAAUGCUCCUCAAGUCCGACUUGGAAUGCAAGCUGAUCUACGUCUACCUGACUACCGGAAUGUACAAGGAGACACUUGACCUGAUCAAGGUGACUGUGAAGAGACUGAAGAAGUUUGAGGACAAGAUCAACCUGAUCCGCGUCUUCCUGUACGAAAGCAGGGCCUACUACGAGUUGAAGAACCUGAAUAUGGCAAAGAGUGCCCUGACUGCUGCCAGAGCACUGGCAGUGAGCGUGACAACUCCAUCGAGUCUCCAGGCGCAAAUUGAUCUGCUCAAUGGAAUGUUUCUGGUUGAUGAGAAAUACCGUGAAUCUGCUACUGGCUACUUCGUAGAGGCGAUUGAGGGGUUUCAACUCGACAAAAUGCCUGAGAAUGCGAAGUUGCCCCUGGUCUACCUGGUUUUGUGCAAAAUGCUGGAUAACAAGGUGGAUGAGCUAAAGGGGCUGAUGCAGAACAAGUACGUCAGAAACCUACAGAACGAGAACGAGAAUGAGAUGCUGCAGGUGCUGAUUGAGCUGGCGCAGAUCUCCAAACACAGGGACGUGGUGAAGUACAAGGGGAUUCUGGCAGACAGAAGUGGGCUGCUUCAGCAGAAUCUGUUUAUUCUGAAGCACCUCAACCUCCACUACAACGAGCUACUCAACCAGAACAUCCUGAAGAUCGUGGAGCCGUAUUCGCGAGUCAAAAUCACGUUCAUUGCCUCCAAACUCAACUUCGAGGAGUCGCUGAUCGAGGACAAGCUGAGGAUGAUGAUACUCGACAAGGCCAUUUACGGGAUACUCGAUCACAGGACGCAGUCUCUGAUACUCUACGAGAAGAAGGAGGAUGGAGACGUGGGAUUCAGGAAGAAUAUUGCAAUUCUACGAGAAUACAUGUGCAAGUUGUAG